AAAUCGAGCUCGACGAUCCGACGGACAGGAAGGUGUCCAUCGGUGCGGAUCUAGAGCCGGAAAUCAGGGCAGGGGUCAUAGCCGUCCUCCGAAGGUUCAGGAUCUUGUUCGCCAGAGGACCGGAGGACAUGCCGGGCAUCGACCCCAACCUCAUAUGCCAUAGACUCGCCGUGCGGUCGGACGCCAAGCCCGUACAGCAAAAGAAAAGAUAUAUGGCGGCCGACCGACGCGAGUUCAUCAGGAAGGAGACAGCAACUCUCCUCAGCAUUAAACACAUCCGGCCGGUCAUCCACGUGGAGUGGUUGGCCAACGUGGUACUAGCCCCGAAGGGCGACACUUGGCGGAUGUGCGUCGAUUACUCGGACCUCAAUAAAGCUUGUCCGAUGGACCCUUAUCCUGUACCGAGGAUCGACUUGCUGGUGGAUGAGACAGCGGGCUGCGAGCUGCUCAGCUUCAUGGACGCAUUCAGAGGCUACCAUCAGGUGUUCAUGCAUCCCGAUGAUGCCGAAAAAACGGCGUUCGUCACGGCGGACGGCGUGUAUUGCUACAUCGUCAUGCCAUUCGGCCUGAGGAACGCCAUGGCUACUUUCCAGAGGAUGAUUGGGAUGUUAUUCAAAGACGUGCUUGGAAAGACGAUGGAAGCUUAUGUGGAUGACAUCCUAAUCUAAAGCAAGAAAAAGGAGGACCAUGUCCAGGACAUGGAGAGAAUCUUCAGCAUCAUGGAGAGGGCCAGCAUGAGGCUCAAUCCAAAAAAGUGUGCCUUCGCCGUCAAGGGCGGCAGAUUCCUCGGCUACAUGAUGAGCGAGCGGGGGAUCGAGCCUAACCCGGAGAAGGUGAAGGCAAUUAUGGACAUGGAGGCCCCAAAGAACCUAAAAGACGUACAGCGACUCACCGGGCGUCUGGCAGCCCUGAGCAGAUUCUUAUCCAAGCUCGCCGAUAAGGCGAUCCCUUUCUUCCAGAUCAUGAAGAAGGCCAACCCCUUCCAAUGGACCCCGGAGUGUCAGGCUGCUUUCGAGGAUUUCAAGGCAUAUCUCUCCUCUCCGCUCGUCCUCACCAAGGCGGAUCCCGGGGAGAGAUUGUAUAUGUAUUUGGCGGUGGCCGAGCUGGCCGUAAGCGCCGUGCUGCUAAAGGAAUCCGAAGGCGUUCAGCGGCCAAUAUACUUUGUAAGUAAGGCGCUGAACGGCCCCGAGACAAGGUACACACUGAUGGAAAAGACGAUCCUCGCCUUGAUUGCAUCCAUCAAGCGCCUGGCGCCGUAUUUCCAGGCACAUCCGGUGACUAUCUACACAACUCAGCCCCUCGCCACAGUCCUCAGGAACCCAAUGGCAAGCGGAAGGAUAACCAAGUGGUCCUUGAUGAUCGGCCAGUAUGACGUGGACUUCAAGCCGAGGCCGACGAUCAAAGGGCAGGCUCUGGCGGACUUCAUUGCGGAGUGCACCGCGCGCACCGAGGACAGAACCCAUGACAACAAUGACUUUGACGAUUGGUGGGAGAUGUACACCGAUGGGGCCUCGAGUGCGCGGGGCUGCGGCGGAGGAGCAGUGAUCACUUCCCCCGAAGGUUUCAAAGCCUACUACUCCAUGAAGUUUGAGUUCAAGGUCACCAACAACGAGGCUGAGUACGAGGCACUUAUCGCAGGGCUGAAAUGCGCGAAAGCCCUCGGAGCAGCUCGUCUGAAGGUGAGAAUGGACAGCCAGCUGGUAGUAACCCAGAUGACCGGCACUGCAGAAACCAGGGAGGAGAGAAUGAAGGUCUACAAAGAGCUGGCGGAGGAACAGACCGCGCAAUUUGAGCAGGUGGUGCUUGAGCAGGUAUCGCGGGUGGAGAAUACAGAGGCGGACAUUCUGUCAAAACUAAGCAACCCCCCAACCGAUGACCCGACAUCAAGCAUCCCCCGACACAUCAGAGGCUUCGUCAGGCAGGAGAUAUUCCCAGCACCGGCGACGGACGUCAUCCAGGUGGAGGUUAUCUCCAUUGCCGAACCUAACUGGGCAAAGGAGAUAGCAGAUUAUCUCAGAGAUGGGACACUCCCCGAGCCUGAAGGUGAUGACAGUACAGGGAGGGCCGCGUGGAUAAAGAGGCGUGCCCCUAACUUUGAACUUAUUGACGGG